UUCACAAUCAAACUAAAGACACCAAGAUAAACCCCACAAGGAUCAAAAAAGACAAAAAAAAGAGAAAAGAAAAUGAGUUCUGCAGAAUCUUUACUGGAAAAAGGUCUCCCAGUAGAAAAUAAGAGAUCAGACCCUUUUCGGUGGAUCAUUCUCUGUUUACUUGUCCUAUCUACAGGGGCUGCUGUGUUUUUCUCCCUGCUGUAUUUUAAGAUCAUCCCAUCCUCUACAAAUAAGGAGGAACAAUUACCAAUGCCAGAAGUUUUGGCUGUCAGAUCUUAUUUAGAUUCUAUGCCACUAGAAGUAAAAGGUCAAAUUAAGGCUGGAAAGAAAUUAGCAGCUCACUGUCCAGGUCAUAAACAAAAUAAGCAGUUAGUCUGGGAGAAAUCUACUUUGAUGGAUGAGGACUCAGAUCCUGAAGAUGAACAAGUAAAACUACAAAAUAAUGCUCUAGUUAUUCCAAGUGAUGGUCUCUACUUUGUGUACACUCAAGUAGCCUUCACUGGACGCAACUGUAACCGAAACCAACCCCUCUACCUUUCUCACACAGUCAACAGGAGGAGCCUCUCCUAUGAGGCGCCAGAGCCUGUCCUCACCUCGACCAAGUCAGUUUGUGAGGUGAAAUCUGGGUCUCCCUGGUUCCAGCCCAUGUACCAAGGUGGACUCUUUCAGCUUGAAAAAGGAGACAUCCUCUCCACCGUCACGAGUAAUGUAGACCAUCUUGAUGCAAAUGAAAGCCAAGUUUACUUUGGUGUUGUUGCCAUCUAAGUUGCCAAAAUCUAGGAUAUCCAUCAAUAUUGCUGCAAGUUCUCAGGAAUUUUGAUACUGCAUAUGCAAAUUCUUGGUGGUUCCAUAAAAGGAACUUCUUGGAUAUUUUAGAUAAAAAAAUUACUCAACUGUAGAUAUCACCAUUGCUUUUUAAGUAAUACAAUGCUCAUGCAUUAGGGUGAUUUCCUUUGCAAGGGUAACAUCUGCAUGUUUAUCUAAAUUACACAUGGAUGCCACAUCAGGGUUGAACACUUCAAGUGGCCUUCCUCAAAUUCCUUCUCUACUAAAGUCAUUUGAUUCUACUUGAAACGCUAUAUUUUGUCACUUUUGGAGUCAACUUAACAACAGAUUUUGCAAUUCUGCUACUGAAUUGUUAAAAUCACUCAAAAGGCUAAAAACUAUUUAUUUAUCAUUCCAGGGAUAACUGGUGCUGCCUCUUACUUGAUGUGGUUAAAUAAGAAACCCCAACUCAAGUUCAAAGACAUUGUAUUCAUUUAUGUUUUUUUUUUAUUUAAAAAUGUAUUUAUUUAUUUAAAUGUUUUGUUGUAUUUAUAUUUAUUAUUGUAUUAUAUUUAUUAAUAUUAUUGUGUUAUUUAUAUAAAGUAUAUUGUGCUAUUUAAUAUACUGUAUUGCAUAUUUGAAAUGUUGUAUGUGUUUGAGUGGAAGUUUGUUUUGUAUACAUACAGUGUAUGUACAAUUUUGUUUCAUAUGUACUAUUAAGUGUAGUAAUGUACCAAAUUCACUAUUUUUAAUACUGUCCUCAAGAGAAAGGCAACGCCUAUUUUUAUCCCUCUAUAAAAUGUAAAUGCAAAACUAAAAUACAUUUCUAAGCAAACAUAUUUGUACAGUAUAUUUAUGGACAGUAUUUAUUUAUAUAUCACCAUUUAUUUCAAAUAUUCCUGAAUAUUUUUUUUUUAUUUAUAUUCAUACUUCCACUUAACAUUAUACUGAGAUCUGUUUGGGGCCUAGUAAAAAGGACUUGAACGCAAGAGCGUGUUGCUAAGCAACGCUCGACACUUCCUGUUGUCGCACAACACUAGUUUUAGCAUUAAACUUGUCCAAGAGGAAUGGAAGUCAGUUCCAUGGCUUCUUCAAUAUUCUCUUGCUUUGAAACAUAUUGUUUUUUUUUUAUGUUUAAGUUUGUUAAAACACUGUAAACAAUAUAUUUGUUUGUAAAAUGAUAUUGAUUGCUCCUUUGGAGGUAAUUCUGGAGUAGUGUUAAUCCAUCAUUUCUCCUUGUAUGUAUUUUUACAUACAGCUGCAAUAAAAGCUAAAAUAUAUA